AAAAAACUUAAUUAUUUUUCUUUGUUGUUUACUUCAAUCUGUUCAUCCUUCAUCUUUUACUUUAGUUUGUUUUUUUUUUUCAUUUUUUUCAUCCCAAUGGAAGAAACCACAUAAGGAUUGGAUCUCGUCUUUCCCAAACUCCUCCAUUUUGCACUCUGUAUAUCAAUCAUCUUCGUCUCUACCAAACCCUAACCCUUGAACGACGAUUACGUCUCAUAAUCAUCUCCACAAGACCUCGCAAACCCCUCAAUUUUACUUCUUCAUGCGUCACCUCAGAUCCCAACGCCUCUGGUUCGAUAAAGAGAGACGGAUGCACCAGUAGCCAUGGUUGAACAGGCGAGAAGAAAUCUGGGAAAGGAAAGAAACAUGUUAAAGGUGGAAGCCGUUUCUGCAAGAACAUUGGUUUGGUUUGGUUUCUCUCCCCUCUUCUAUAUUUCAUUCAUGUGCGUGCACAAUUGUGUUUGCGUGGCUAGGUCGUCAAUUAGGAACUGAUGUUCAAAGAAGAGGUCACAGACAGUUAAGCUUGUGAGUGAUUCAAUAGAUAAAGAGUCCAACUUUUCUCUUUUGUUCAACUGCUGCUUCCUGCAACUUUUGCGUCCAGUGUAAGAACCUUCGCUAAUGUUGCAAUGUUGUUCCCUUCUUUCUUAGUUUUCAAUUCUGCUAGGUAGUUAAAAGUCUCUGCCCUUGCUCUGUUCUUGGCUAAAGUUUGUCUUUUUGCCUUGUUGUUGGCUAAAGUUAUGCUCUAUGUUACAAUUUUAAGUCUGACUUUGGCAAUCACAAGAAGAAGAAAAUAAGUUUAGUUUUAAUGAAGAUGAAGCCUCUCAUUCUUGUUGGAGGGUUAUGGACUCGGUUGAUACAAACCCAUGAUCCUUCAUCAGACAGAUGAGCGUAAAGCAGUUGGAGUUGAUGAAGUGGUUCUAGCCAUCAAUUACCAACCAGAAGUGAUGCUUAACUUUUUGAAACACUUUGAAGCAAAGCUAGAAAUCAAAAGCACUUGCUCACAAGAGACUGAGCGUAUGGGUACGAUUGAGUCCAGCUUGGGAAAUAUUAAGGAAGUUAUUAGUCUUAUAUAUGUUGGUAUAUUUGUUAACUUAUGAAUUAUUUUGGCCUUAUGUAUAUUUUGGAUGGUAGUUAGUGAAUGUAGUGGUUCCCUUGGAGAUGCAGGGGAAGCCCGAUUGACAUUGAUUUUCAUUAUGGCAUUAGUAGUUUUUAUAUGUUGGAGCACUUCUGGUUUCUAAUGAGCAAGA